CCCCGCCCAGCAGCCGUCCGCCACCCCGCACGCCCACCACAGCAAGUACAACUAUGCCUCCCCCGACUGCUCCGCCCGCAUCCACUCGUCCUCCCCGCAGACACAGCACGCCGCGUCCCUGCUCCACAAGUCCCGCGACAGGUACAUGCUCACCCCCUGCAGAGCCGACGAGCACUGGGUCGUCGUCGAGCUCUGUGACGAGAUCCGCAUAGAGGCGGUCGAGAUUGCCGUCUGGGAGUUUUUCAGUGGCGUCGUCCGGGAAGUGCGGGUGAGCGUCGGCGGCGAGGACGAGGAGGACGAUGCGGAAGAGCCCGGCCAGGAUGAUGUCGCUGGUAGAGGGCACAGAUGGAAACAGGUCGGAUCGUUUAUUGGCAAGAACGUCAGAGGGUCCCAGACGUUUAGCCUCUCACAACCGACCUCGUUCCACCGAUUCAUCCGCCUCGACUUUCCCUCGUACUUUGGCUCGGAAUACUAUUGCCCCGUAUCGUCCCUCAAGGUAUACGGCAUGAACCAGAUGGAAGCGUUCAAAUGGGAACAGAAACAGUUGAGCGCCGUGGCCAAGGACAGGGACAGGACUGGGAAUAGAGAACACGAAGAAGAAGAGCGCCGUGCAAAGGAAAGGCGGGAAAGGGAAAAGAAGGAGAGGGAUGAGAGGGAUAAGCAAGAGCAGAGGGAGCGCGAGCUCGAUGAACUGGAAAAGCUUUUGCAUGAGCAAGCGGGAAGACUUGUACCCGAACUCUUGACUGAAUCCGGCUUGUUUUCCAGUAUCGACGAGACUGCGCCUACCAACGUACCCACUGUCGUCUCCAAGCGUGAUGGGGAUUCCGAUUCGCCACCGACCAACGAGUCCAUGGCUACAUCCUUGAUCGAAUCCACCUCGAUCGAAUCCACCUCGAUCGAAUCGCCCACCUCGAUCGAAUCGCCCUCCACAUCAUACACCCGUGCCGUACCGCCUCGCUCCGACUCCUCUGAAUCCAUCUACGCAUUCAUCAUCCGCCGACUCAACGCUUUGGAAGGCAACUCUUCCUUGGUAGCACGUUAUAUCGAGGAACAAGCCAAAGUCAUGCGAUCCAUGCUGAAACAGGUACAAGUUGGGUGGGACGAAUGGAAGGGUGAGUGGGAAGACGAAGAUCGUGGGAGGUGGCAGCAAGAGCGGAUGAGGCAAGAAGACCGGCUGGGACGGGUACUCUCCCAACUGGAACAGCAGCGCAUCGCUUUCGACGCUGAACGAAAAGCCAUCGAGACGCAGCUCCGUGUCCUCGCCGACCAGCUCGGCUACGAACGCCGCCGCGGGAUCGCCCAGCUCAUCAUCAUGGUCGUCAUCAUCCUCCUCGGCGCCGCCAGCCGCAGCAGCACCAUGGACGCCAUCCUUACCCCGCUCUUGAAGGAAGCACGCCGGCGCCGAAGCGAUUAUUAUCAUCGGAAAAGUCUAUCGGGCCCCCUUGCCGGUUUACAUAUCGACAUGGGCGCGGGGAGACCCCCGGCCAUCAUCGGCCAAGCGCGUCCGACAUCCACCACACCCAGCGCCCAUCCCCAUCGCCAUUCCUCGUCGACACCCACCCCGCGCUUGAAAACAUCCCUAUCCCGAGCUGGAUCAGGCCACCGGUCCAAUACUUCACUCAAACGACGUGGUAUCGUACCCCAGGUCCCUCCCUCUUACCGCUCCGUCUCUUCUUCCGAAUUCACGUUUUCCCCACUCUCACACCUUCCCCCGACGUCCUCCCCCUCCCCGGCCAAUAUCCCAAACCCAAACCCAAACCCAAGAAACGUGAGAGUAUCUUUCCCGCCUCCGAGGCAAACACCACCACCACCAUCCGUCUCGUCCCGUAAACUCGCACAGAGUGCCCAUUUGCACCACUUGCAUACAACGGCGGCGGCGGCGGCGGCGCGGGAGGAUACGGAGCGUGGCAUCACAGCAAGUAUGAGGCGUCGACGGAUGAGGUCGUCAUUGGUGAACGAUGACAAUGAACAGCAGACCACUGUUUCUGGGCUCGGAUCUGGAAAGGCGGAUGCUGGUGGCGGCGGCGGUGGCGGCGGUGGUGAAGAGGCGGAGAGGGUGGUGGGAGCGGAAGAUAAUAGUCAAGGAGAGUGGGGGACGGAUGAUUUCGAUACAGAGGCGGAUGAUUUCGAUACAGAGGCAGAGGCAGAAGCAGAAGUGUCAAAAGUUGAAGAUCAAGUGAGGGAUAAGAAAGAUUCAGAAACGGAUAGGAAAGAACAAGAUCAGUUGGGGGAGACAGAGCAGCAGCCUGUGCGAGAAAAGCGGGGUGUACAAGGAGAACAUGUAGGAUUAGCAAGAGCAUAAUGCAUAGCGUAUAGCAUGGAGAUAUAUAUAUAUCUAAUGUGUCUAU